CGCGACUCUUCUCAGCGCUGGUUGUUUCUACGCAGUUUGUACGCUAUGUGGAUUUAAUGGAAAUUUCCACUACUUCUGAAUGCUCAAAAGCUGUUAUUCAGAUUAGUUUAAUCUUAUAUAUCGCUUUCUAAACGAGAUUCAAACACAUUACGAGGAGGGAAGCGAAUCAGAUUCGUGUAUUCGAAGAGCGUAAUCUGUGGCGUACAGCCAUACUUUGAGUGUGUAGCUUUGCUGUUCAUCAGUGACUCAUUACAGAGUUGUAGUUUUCGUCAGAAACAAGCACUAAACGAUCUGUGAUGGAGUAUCACAGUGUGGGGCCUGGAGGUGUGAUGGUCUCAGGUAACAAUGUACCUGCGUUUCUGACCAAACUCUGGACGCUGGUGGAGGAUCCGGACACGGACCCGUUAAUCUGUUGGAGUCCUAGUGGGAACAGCUUCCACGUGUUUGACCAGGGCAGGUUUUCCAAAGAGGUUCUGCCGAAAUAUUUUAAACACAAUAACAUGGCCAGUUUUGUUCGCCAGCUCAAUAUGUAUGGUUUUCGGAAAGUUGUCCACAUUGAGCAGGGUGGGCUGGUAAAGCCAGAAAAAGACGACACAGAAUUCCAGCAUCCGUAUUUCAUCCGUGGACAGGAGCAUCUGCUGGAAAAUAUCAAGAGGAAAGUCACAACGGUGUCAAAUAUUAAACACGAGGACUUCAAGUUGAGCACCGACGAUAUGUCUAAAAUGAUCACAGAUGUCCAGCUCAUGAAGGGCAAGCAGGAGUCAAUGGACUCCAAAAUCAGCACCCUCAAACAUGAGAAUGAGGCGCUCUGGAGGGAAGUUGCCACUUUGAGACAGAAACAUACUCAACAGCAGAAAGUCGUCAAUAAGCUCAUUCAGUUCUUGAUCACACUGGCGCGGACCAACAGAGUCCUUGGAGUGAAACGAAAGAUGCCGCUGAUGUUGAAUGACAGCAGCUCCACACACUCCAUGCCCAAAUACUCUCGGCAGUACUCGCUCGAGUCAUCUCCCUCUAUAUCUCCCUCAUCUACAGCCUUCACAGGAACGGGGGUCUUCACCGCGGAAUCACCUGUCAAGACAGGGCCAAUCAUCUCUGAUAUCACUGAACUGGCGCAGUCCAACCCUGUGGCCACGGAGGAGUGGAUUGAAGAUAGAACAAGCCCUUUGGUCCACAUCAAGGAGGAGCCGUCUAGCCCCGCCCACAGUCCUGAGGUGGAGGAGGUGUGUCCUGUUGAAGUUGAAGUGGCGGGAUCAGGUGUACCUGUGGACACGCCCCUUUCCCCCACAACCUUCAUCAACUCCAUCCUCCAGGAGAGCGAGCCCAUCACAGCCCCGACCCCGCCUCCCAAUGACCAGAAGUGUCUGAGCGUGGCCUGCUUGGACAAUUAUCCUCAGAUGUCUGAGAUCUCUCGCCUUUUCUCCGGCUUCUCCACUUCGUCUCUACACCUCAGGCCUCAUUCCGGGACAGAACUAAGUGACCAUCUAGAGACCAUUGACUCUGGAUUAGAAAACCUUCAGCAGAUCCUCAAUGCUCAGUCCAUUAACUUCGACACCUCACCUUUCUUUGAUAUUUUCACAUCAUCUUCUGCUGAUGUGGAUCUGGACAGCCUGGCUAGUAUCCAAGACCUUCUGUCACCUGAACCCAUGAAAGAAACUGAAUCUGGUGCAGAUGCUGGAGAUUCAGGCAAGCAGCUGGUCCAGUACACAUCUCAGCCUGUGAUUCUUCCCGACCCCGUCAGCACUGAAACCACCGGCACCGACCUGCCUAUCCUCCUGGAGCUGGAGGGCGACUCGUAUUUCGGGUCGGAACCAGCCGAAGACCCGACCAUCUCCCUUCUUAACUUCCAGUCCCCCAUCCCUGAAGAUCCCAAACUAUCAUAGAGAGAGCAGCUUUUAUAAAGGGAUUUAUGUCUGUGUGGGUUUUUUAAAAAUUUUAUUCUCUGCAUCUUACUUUAUUUUUGGUCAUUUAACAUGUCAGGACUAGCCAUUAGAUUGCUCUUGUAUUUCCUUCACAUUUAGUCUGCAAAAAAAAAAAAUCUCUAAAAAGCAGUAGAGAGAACUCAGUAUUUUUUCAAAACUCAUGCAGUUGAAACAUCAAAAUAAGCCUUUUUUUGUUGUUUCGGUAGUUUCCUUGUUAUUCCGGCAGUGAGAACCUCAAACUAAAUGUGUAGUGCUACAGAUGUAAAUCUAAAUUUAUCGCCCACGCUUUGUGUGCUUACCUUUUAUUUAUCUGGAUUGGAUUUGAACCAAUACUUUGAGAUCUAUGCUAAGCGAUUCUCUCGCAGUCCGUCAGCACUGCGAAACGUCAAAAACUUACAGUUUGACUCGUUCAUGCAUUUUCCUGCUAGUCCGGUUGUCGAUAUUUGAUCUAAUUAUGUUGCAAUGAUCCCCAUAUUGUCGUUUGACACCCAGAUCUCAUAAAUACGCCAAGUAUUUAUUUUCCAGAAUAUUUUCUUUGCAGUAUAUAUUGGAAUGCUGGUUAAAGCAAAAAAAACAACAAAACAUAACAUACAUGCCUUUUAUAGCCUGAAAAUGCAGUAGGUUUAAUUGGACAAACAUGAAACAAGCAUCAAAAAUCAAUAUUGCAUAAACUUGUCCAGCAUCCCACCAACUGUCUUCAAAGCCAUAGCUGUUACUCAUCAUAUAAUGUCUGAUCUUGGUUAGUGCUGAUGGGAAUGUAUUAUGACAAUGGCGGUUUAAGGUGCAUAUUUAGAGAUUUUAUUGAAACGUUUUUGUACUAAAAUCAAUCACUUUUUGCUGUUGCAAGUUCUAAUAAGCAGGGCAGCCAAUGACGCUGUAUAUAGGACGUACGUUUGAAUAUAUAAAUAGUUUAGAGUCUGCGUUUGUUUUUAAGAAACAAAUUCUUUGAAAACGCAUUCAACAGGGAUGAACUACACAAUAGGUGUAUUAUGGAUUGACAGGUCAUUUUAUGCAUUGAUAACAGGUGUGUCAGAUGAUCUGAUUUGAAGAAUUUGUGCAAUAAUUCAACUCUUAACCAAUUUUGACAGCAGCACACUGCUUUCUUAAAAAAAUUAUUUGUUUUUGUUUGCUUAGCAAAAGGAACUAGAACAUAUUAUUGGAGAGUCUUAUGAAGACAUUGUCUAGGCAUAUUUCACCUCAAAAUCUAAAGAAAGAAUAAAGCCAAUUUUCCAAAAAAUAGUUUUUUGAAAAGGUCCUAAAAGAUAGGCUUGAGCAAAAUAUAAAAGAAAGUAUCAUUUAAAAUAGAUUUUUCUUGAGAUUUUGGGUAAAAUGUGUCCUGGACCUUUGUGAGAUUCACGUGUAAAUUGGAUACCAAAAUACCGGAUUGAACUUGUAUUUUUUGGUGCGAUUUGUACACAUGCUAUGCCCUAUAGACUUAUAUUGUUCAACACUUGUUUAUUUUUGGAUGGUCAGCACAGUAGAGGAACAAGAAGAGAAGAAUGUCACUUGUUGAUGAUUCUGAUCAUUUUCAGUCACAUUUUAGUCAUUGGAUGACUGUCAUAACCAGAGAGACAUUAAUAUUAGGCAUAAAUUAUUUUAUUACGCAUGUGAACAACACUGUGUGUAUUGAUAUGUUUCAAAUAAAAUGUUUUUGAAAGUA